AUGGCGGCGGCUCGACGUAAGGACGCGUCGCAGCUGCCCCGGCUGCCGCUGACGUCGUCCACGGCGUUCCCGGCGACGUUCAGGAGAGGGGGCGUGCGAGCGGACGCGACGGCGGAGGCGGAGGCGGACGAGGACGUCGACGAAAUCGAUGAAGGCGACGCCGCCGCCGACGGCGACGCGAACGCGAACGCGUUUCGAAUCGGCGGCGGCGGCGGGGGGGGGGGAUUUCUCGGCGGCGACGACGACGCGGUGCCGUGCACGGAGGGGGAGGACGCCGCGCGAGAUGUCGCGCGGCGCGGCGACGGCGACGGCGACGGCGACGGCGGUGGCGACGGCGCGCGCGCCAGGACGAAGACGCUGAUGGGGGCGCUGUCGAGGAUCCCGCUCGAGUCGUCCGCGAACGACGCGAGCGCGGGCGCGUGCGGGCAGUCGUCCGCGCGCGGCGACGGCCCCGUCGGCGGUGGUGGGGCGGCCGCUCAUAAACACGGCGCCGGCGCGCCGACGGCGCGGCUGCAGCGGAUCAUGCAGCGCGUCAGGGCGCAACAGGCGCGGUUCGCCUCGCGUCACGCCGUCGCGGGCGGCGGCGGCGGGGGGGUAGGGGGGGAUUCCGGCGCGGAGAGCGCGGCGGCGAAGAACGGAUGGGGCGAGCCGCUCGAGAUUACGCUACUCGGCAACCCCGGGAGAGAGGGGAACCUGUAUCUGUGGGAGUGUUCACUGAGAAAAGACGAAGAGCACGUCGCUCGCGGCGGAGGCGCGAGCGGCGGCGGCGGCGGCGACGGAAGCGGCAGCGGCGGCGGUUCCUGGCUCCGUCGCGAAGGCGACGACGACGCGCGCGCGCGCGCCGCGCGCACCGCGGUCGCGAUGCACGCGAACGUUGCGCACGACAUCAUGCUCCGUUCCAAAGGAGUUGUGUAUGUGCACCCGCCGUGGCACGAGGCUGAGAUAUUGCGCGGGGGCUCGCGCGGCGGCCGAAAACGCGCGAGGAUUUUGUUCGCUUCUCACGUCACCGCCGCGGAGAUGCUCGGUCGGUCCGUCGCCGCGGUCCCGGCGACCGCUGGGAGGGGGUUAUAUUCAUAG